GUCAUUUUAUUCCCUGUGUAAAUUAAAUUUUUUGUUUGAAAGUUCUGUUUCUCUCUCGUGUUCUUGUUUGAGCUUAUUAUAAUGGAGAAUUAGGUCUCAAAUCCUCUGUUACAGAUCCUCAUACCACGACAUUGUGCUCCGAUUAGACCUCUUCAAGUGUUCAGCUCUAAUAUCUGAAUUUGCAAUUUAUUUACUAGUGAUGCAGUAUGUAGCUUCUAGGGCAGAGUUUUCCCAUUACUGGGAAUAUCCAAAAGCUUUCAGUUCCGUGGUAGUUGGUAGAAUUUGAAAAUUGUUCGCUAAACUACUCAGGAUGCUGCUCUCUUGUUCUUUGUUUUUUUACCUCUUUUUCCCCCUUGCACUAGUGAAAACAAAUUCCUAAUAUUUUCCUGCAAUAAUGGCAGUGGAGGUCCUCUACUAGGCUGGAUAGGAAAUUUGAUUGGGUCUAACGCAGGAACAUUUACUCUGACAGUGCUGCUACCUGCUAGUGCUAUUGGAGAUUGAAGAUGUAGAACCUGCAUCAAACUUUGACUGCAUAGCUUAUCCUGUAUCAAAAAUGGCAUAGUUUAUGUGCGUAUAUAGCUUACGGGAACCUUUCACAGAAACUGCCAGGAAGAAGAAUUGGUCAGCUGGGAAUUUGCUGGCAUGACCGGUAAAUUCGUCUUAUUGUGAGCCUGCAUGGAUGCUUAUGGAAGCCAAUUUGAUGAUUUCCCUGCUAUACCAUUCAAUGAAUCCUUGAAUUUCCCAAUUCAUGUUGAUGACAAUGCAUUUCCAAUAGAUGAUGAAUCUUUGCUCAAUUUCGAGGAAUUGGAGAAAAUCUUAAAUGGAGAAGUUGAGGAUUUGAAUCAAUGGUUGCUGAGUGGUAGUGAUGAAGAAUGUUUGUCAUCAUCAUGUCAUCAACUCUCUAUUGAAAAAGAAAGUAAUGAUGAAUGGAGCUUUAGUCCUUCCUUUAUUUCAGUUGAUGCGUCCAUAAACACAAACUUUUCUCAAGAAACAUUGAACAUGCCUCUUGAAGGCAUGGAGAUUGAUAAUCAAAUUGGCUUGAUUCAUCUAGGCAAGGCGUUGGGAGAAGCAACGGAGAACGAGCAAGGAGACCUAGCUGAGGUGAUCAAGGAACGAAUAAGAGACAAAGCAAGUCCAGUAGGUGAAACCAGCGAACGUCUUUUGUAUUACUUGUUUCAUCAGUCAAAAGACAAGAAAGCAGACUGCCUUGAGCAAGAAUGUGACAAAAACUUUGAAGCAACCAUGAAGGUUUUCUAUCAAAUAUUUCCUUACGGAAUGUUUGCUCACUUUACAGCGAAUUCAGCUAUCCUUCAAACCAAGCCUAACAAUGCUGAGGUCUUGCACAUAGUUGAUUUUGAUAUUGGAGAUGGAUUGCAAUGGUCUUCAAUGAUUAGUGCUGUUGCUCAGCAGGAAAAGAUGCUAGAUCAAAGAGUGCCCUUGAAAUUGACUUCAAUUAAGUGGAAGGAGGAGGAUUGUGUGCAGGGAAGAUUUAAGGAGACAAAGAUGAGACUUCUCAAUCACGCGAGUUCUUUGGGCGUUAAGUUGAAGGUGGAGGAGAUGGAGUUGCAGGGCAUGGUGAGUGAAAUAAGGAGAAAGAAAAGGAGAGGUGGAAACAGAGAGUUUUUGGCCUUCAAUUGCAUGUGGUCACUUCCCCUUUUGGGCAGAAGAAGAAGUAGACGCCAAUUUGUUGAGUUUAUCAGUGUGGCCAAGGAUUUGUUAGCCAAAAAUACUACCACCAAUGGCGUCAUAACUAUUGGUGAUGGAGAUGCAUGGGAGAAAUCAAAGAAUUGUCAUGGAUUUGGUUCAUUCUUUGAUAGUUACAUGAAGCAUUACCAUGCCUUGUUGGAUUCAAUAGAAUGCAACUUCCCCGUCCAUCUCGCCGAAGCUAGAGUAGCCAUGGAGUGUCUAUUUGUGGCACCUUUUGUAUCCUGUGAUGAUUGGAAGCGAAUGUGGGAGGAAAGAAAGGAAGGUAAUUACUGUGACUUCAAAUAUGGCUUGAAAGGGGUUGGAUUGAGCAAUGAAUGUUGGUUGGAAGCCAAAGAGCUUGUAAAAGAAGGAGAGAGUCUGUAUGGAGUGAGGAUUGAAGGUGAGAAUGUUAAUGAGAUGGUUUUGGAGUGGAAAGGAACCCCAUUGAUUAGAGUAGAAGCAUGGAGAUCAUGAACACAGGCAAAGAAGAAGAGAAGACAGAACAAAAGUCAGAUGAUAUUUUUUGACUAGCUUUAGUGUUUGCCGUGUUGGCUGACUUGUUCAUGUAAUCAUUUUCUUAAGAAAAACAAGGUAUAUGCGUAUCAAUUGAUUUGUUGAUUCAAUGAAGAACCACAUUCUAUGCA